UAUACUAUCUUGCUCUGUGUACCACGCACCAGGAACAGUAAAAACAAAUAAGGCGUGGUAUCAAAGAUCAGCUGCACGUCAUUUUGGAAUUUUGAAGUUUGAACUUUCAAAUUUAAAACAUAGGUACCUAUCGACUGAAACUUUCAAUGAUAAUAAAUAGUAACUAUUUUCCUAGAGAUAUUUUUUUUGGGUACCUAUUAAAAGUUGAUUGUGUGCACAGUGCAGCUGAUAAUAGCAUAGAUUAUUGUUUAACUAACAAAACUUUUAGCGAAGGAACCUUGCAAACCGGUAUUUUAGUAGUGUAUUCGUUAAGAACUCAACAUAAACUUGUUUGAGGUGAAUGGUGUUGUGUGCACGUAAUACAUUAUUUCAAUACCCCUUCCUUUCACUUACUGUGUGUCUUUACUUGAAUGUUUGUACAUAUGUUCUAGACAAAUUUAAUGCCUAAUAUACAAUUAAAAAACUUUGAAUCUAAAGAUUCAACAAUGUUGCGGGGCAUAAAGCUUUGGAGUUCAAAAGGGUUUACCUUAGAACCAUAUGUCACUUCUCUACAAUUAGUAAGCAACUAUACAUCUGCAAAAACAGCUUCUACCACCCAAAAUCUACCAAGACUCCCUGUACCAAAACUUAAUGCUACAUUAACAAAAUAUUUAAAAACAGUGAGACCAUUCCUUAAUGAUGAGGAAUUUGCGAAUACUUCAAAUCUUGUUAAGAAAUUCGCAUCAGGUGAUGGCCAGAAAUUGCAGACUCUAUUGGAAAAUAGAGCAACUAAACACCAAAACUGGCUUGAAGAAUGGUGGAUAAACACUGCCUACCUUGAGUACCGUGACCCAGUAGUUGUUUUCUCCAGUCCAGGUUUAGUCUUCCCAUUCAGAAAGUUCAAUAAUCAAAAUGAACAAUUGGAUUAUGCUGCUAAAACUUUACUUGCUGCAUUGGAUUACAAAUCAUUAAUAGAUAAUGAUAAAAUACCUGUAGAAAUGAUGGGGAAAAAUCCUCUAGACAUGUCCCAAUACAAGAAAGUAUUUGGUACUUGUCGGAUACCACAAGCUAAAAGGGACAAGCUGUCAUUCAAUGAUACCAAAUAUGUUACUGUUAUACACAAUAACCAUAUAUUCCAUCUUGAUCUGUGGGGAAGUGACAACAAAAGGUUAAAUAGGGAGCAAAUUGUGAAAGGUCUAAAGAAAAUCAUAGAUUCUUCACAGUCACGCACAGACGAUGCUAUUGGUGUUCUCACUUCGGAAAAUAGAGACACAUGGGCAAAGGCUUACGAACUAUUAAGUAAAGACGAAACGAACCGCAACUCGCUAGCGGACGUGGAGCGCAGUAUAGCGGUGUUGUGUUUGGACGGCGCGGCGGGGCUGUGGCAGUGCGCGGGCGGGGACGAGCGCCGCACGCUCGCCGCCAAGCACACGAUACACGGGGACGGGGCCAAUGCGAACGGCGGUAAUCGCUGGUUCGAUAAAACUGUGCAGUUCAUCGUUGGCGCUGAUGGUUUAACUGGUUUAACUUAUGAGCAUUCGCCGGCUGAAGGUCAACCCAUUGCCAUUUUGACUGAUUUUAUUAUAAAUUAUAUCGAUAAAAAUACAAGCAGCGAAGAAUCGUCUGCGUCUCCGAUCGAGCCGGUUCAACUGAAAUUCAAUGUGAGCGGCGAAGUAUCGCAGAUGAUAAAGAAUGCGAAAGCGAACUUGGACAAAUUAGCUGCAGACCUCGAUCUAAAUUGCUUCAAAUUCGAUCGAUAUGGCAAGAAUUUCAUUAAAACCCAGAAAAUGAGUCCAGACAGUUAUCUGCAAAUGGCAAUGCAGUAUGCCUUCUACAGUUUGCACAACACACCCGGUGCGCACUAUGAGUCAGCAGCAACGAGAAUGUACACAGGCGGCAGGACUGAAACGAUCCGCUCGUGUUCGAUCGAAUCAAUUGAAUUUGCGAAAACUAUGCUCGAGAAGCAAGCCUCACCCAAGGCGAAGGUAGAAGCUAUGAGGAAAGCCAUCGCCGCACAUAAGGAUUAUACCGUACAGGCUUUACAAGGUCUCGGUGUAGACAGGCACUUGCUUGGCCUGAAAUUGACUGCAAUCGAAAACGGAAUUGAAAUACCGAAAUUGUAUUCCGACCCUGGAUUCACAAGAAGUGCUCAUAUGAGAAUAUCUACUAGUCAGGUGGCGUGCAAAUGCGACGGGUUCAUGUGCUACGGGCCGUUCGUAGCGGACGGCUACGCGACGUGCUACAACCCGCGCGACGCGGACGUCAACUUCGCUACGGCGGCGUUCCGCGCGCACCCCGACACCGCCGCUACGAGAUACCGACAGGCGCUCGAACGUGCGCUACAGGAUAUGCACGAUGUGCUACUGCAGAACACACAAUCUAAAUUAUAAACAAUUUUAUUAUUCUAUUCUUUCAUAAUUAGGGUUCCAUCCCCAGAGCGUAAGGGGAAACCUCAGUGUCGUGUCCGACACGCACUUGACCAAUUUUAUAAUUCUAAUUAUAACUCUAGACUCUCUACUAACUCCAUAGUGUUGUUCGCGUUAUCGCGUGUCGGCUGUGGUACUUAUUUCCGUUCCCUUACUUCAAUCGCAACAAGUUUUAUUUUGAAAAAUGCCUACGCCCUAUCUAUGUCCUUUCACUAUAUUUAGUAUAUUGUGCCAAAUUUCGGUUCAUUGGUUUAAGUGUGAAAUUGGUGUUAAAGUACAUAAAAGUGGACCAUAAUAUGUUUGGGGCUCAAUUAUACGAUUAUAUCUAUUUAUGUAUAUAUCUUGUGAUUGAAACUCAAUAGAUAAAAUCUAAAGACCAAUAAACCGCGUGUUGUGAACACAUUUAGUGGCGGACUUAUGUAAAUGAACUUAAAACAUAAACAUAUUAUGUGACACUAUACACGUUGUCUUCAGCAUUAAAUAUAAGCUAAAGAAUUUUUUUAAGAUGAAUUAUUCAUAUUUUUAAUAUUCGUUGUUGUUUUUGUUAUUUAUUUUGUUGUAAAUCGCACUAAUUUUCGCUGUAUAAUAUAUUAUCAUACAAAUAAAGUACAUAAUAUUGUAUAACAGAGAUAUUUUUUAAGCACAUUCAUUAUUAUAUUAAAAUAAACAAUUGUAGAUACACAAAUCAAUAUUAACAUUUAUAUAUUUAUUAAGAGAUAAUUCCUACGCGUUAUUUCAAAACGCUUAGAAAUAGAGGUUAAUACAUUUUGGCUGAUGGUCAGCGACAUUAAAACCAGUCUAAAAAUUGAUAUUGCUCAGUUGUGGCCAUGGGCUAUAAUCUCCUAUGGCAUAUGUUCCGUAUGCCAUGUAGCUCUUUUGUCCUACAACCUUCGAAAAAUAACAGAAUUUCAAACUGAGUUUCGUAAAUAUAUAUAAAUAAAAGAUAAUCAUUAUUUUUGCCAAAAUUUUAAAUACAUAUAUAUUGUUUGUA